ACCAUCGGCCGUGCCAGGGCCCUUGCCGACAUCAGUUCCGAUACUCUGGCUCGCAGGACUGGACCUCGAAUGGACACCCAAAAGAAGUCGAGCCGAGGCCGACGCACUCCACAGGCGUGUGCCACAUGCCGGAGGCGCAAGACCAAGUGUGAUGGCGCUCGGCCACGCUGUCGGCAUUGUACUAAGAGGAACGUACCUUGCACAUGGCCUUGGGCCACUGAGGAGGAGAUUUUGUCUCCUCUCGUGGUGGCUGAAAGCACGGCCAUAGGAUCACCACUUGUAGACGAGUCUGUACCUGAUACUAGCAUCCAAGACACGGCUCAAGCAGCCCAGACCGUGUUGCCUACCUUUGACUCUCUGCGGCGCAUCUUUGACUUGUUCUUCCAGCGUCACUUUGUCCUUGAUUUCUGCUCUUUCGACUACCUACCGACGUGGGAGUCGCAAUACAGCGAGAAACCGUUCCUCGUCACUUCCAUCGUUGUCUUGUGUGCGCAAUACCUGACUCCCGAAGAGUCUUGGAGAGGUUUUAGGCUCAGGACUGGGCACGAUGUUCGAUGUCACUAUCUACCUCUCGCCGAGUCCAUGGCCCGAGACACCUUGACAACUCCUACUGAAUCCCCCAAACGAGAAACUAGAUCACAUGUCAGCUCACCUAUCGCUGCAGUUGCAAACAUUCAAGGCAACCUAGUCUUAGCACUGUCUGAACUGUUGGCAGAUGCUGGCUCUAGUCAUUGGUUAUACGCUGGCACUGCGAUUCGAAUGGCGCAGAUAAUGCGGCUUAAUAAAGAGUAUCACCAAAGACACACCACCAGGGAGCAGGAGAUGCGGCGCCGUACAUUUUGGGCCUGUUUACUUAUGGACAGAUGCUUGGCAUAUCUUCUGAGCAAACCGAGAACGUUGGGCUUGACUAACGUUCAAGUUGCUCUUCCCAGCACAAAUCUCUCAGUAGCGUACCAGGAACAGACCAGAGGAAUCAGCCUAGAAAACCUGGCCGCGUUUGAUGGGUUCCCUUCAGAAGUUAGUCUUUCGUCAUACUUCAUCAAGACAGUUUGCCUCUGGAGUGACAUGGCCGACAAUAACAUAUGUCAUAAAAGGUUCACAGACACCCGGUCUCCGCUUGACCCUCAAAGCCACCUCGCUCGCUGUAGUCGAGCCGUACAAGAAUGGUCUUUCUCACUACCGUCACACUUGGAAUGGUCUACUGAGAAUUAUUCAACGCACGGCAGUCUGGGGCAGAGUCGAGAUUUUGUAUCCCUCCAUCUUCUGUUGCGCAGCGCAUUGUGCAUCGCCCAUCAAUGUUACUUGCCUCAACUGGAUGGUUGCUCGCUUUUGCUGGAUUGUUUAGAUGCUGCGGGAUUGUCCCUCCUUCACCGAGAGCCGUCUCUCAUUUCCAUCUGUGUUAGUAAUGCCAUGGCGCUUGGCGAGAUCGUGGCACAAAUUUGGAAAUCCGCGGAUGGUGAUGGCCGACUUGACCUGGAAACGACAUGGCUUGCUGGCACAUGUCUCCCAGCAGCGAAUGUCUUCUUGUGGCUUCAGUAUGCUACAGAUGAAGAAUUCUCUACGCAGGAUGUUCGGGAAAUGGCCAAAUACUAUUUUUACACUAUUAGGUCAAUAUUCUCAACGUUGUGUGGGCAAUGGCAAAUUGCCCACGGGUGGCUUGCGACUCUCCGGACUAUGGAGGCCACUUACCGGGCUGCGUAUCUUGGCGAAAUCCCCCCCGACUCGGAGAUCGAAGAGUUAUCUCCCUCGUCCUUGUCAUCGCAUAAUGGUGAGGGAUCCCUUAACGGAUUCAAGCCGAGACCUGGAGACGGGUGUCCCCCAGUCACUGAGAGGUCUAACCUGUACGAUGUACUCCGGAUGAUCACAACAGAGUCGACGCUUGAGGAACUUCAGUCAGUGUGGAUGUAUCUUGCAGGAGGUUGGUCUGAAGAUUUGCAAAACUCCCUGUUUGGUUGUCUAUAG